GCGGGGCCGCCAUGGCGCCGUCGGCGUGCGGGCGGGUGGCGGCCGUGUCCUGCCUGGUGCUCUGCGCCUCCCUGCUGCUGCCGCGGGCCUUCGUGUCGCGGGGCGGCGGGAGGACGGAGCCCGGGGCCGCGCCGCCCGAGGGUAAGAGCCCGCUGCGGGCCGCCGAGGAGAGGACGGGUCUCCCGGCGCUGCCGGGGCGCUGCGGGGCGGUCCCGCCGCCUGCUGGGGGAGCCGGGCGGGGCUGCGCCGCCCCGGGCCCCGCGCAGCUCGGCAGGCGCUCGGUGGUUUGUGCCUCUCACCUUCCCCCCGGUGCGCUCGGCCCUUUGCUUUCACAGAAUGUGAUUUUCGGUGUUGCAGAUCGCGUUUUGUUUCCCCUCUGUAAGUGGGCUGCCAGAGUUAGAGAAAACGUACGUUUUCAUGCCGCAUUUUCUUUGUCGUGACACGUCACUUUUUGUUUGAAAGCUUCAUUGUUUUGUUGUUUUGUGUAUGGAAUGAUGCUGGCAUUUCAUAAGAAAUAAAAGUUCAUUUAAAUCAUCCUCAUUGUUUAGUUUCCUAACCCAGUAUCCCAAACAUGGUUUCCAUGCGCCAUACUCAUGCAGUCAACGUGCUACAUGCUGCCCCCCGACAGGUCCUGGUCUUGCAGUCCUUCGAGCCUCGUCCUUGCUGCCUGUCCUCCCGCUCUGCAUGGCCUGAGUUCUGGAGGCGUCAGGGAAGCUUGGUCACUUUCCACCAAGGAUGCAUUACCAAGCGACCCCCGACAGCCGAGCUACUCCUCAUUUUCCAAGGUCUCACCUUGCUGAAGCAGUUGCCAAAGCCAAGGCUGGUGGAGGUGGUGGUGGAAGCACUGGUGGAACUGGGAGAGGUCUUGUGGGGCAAAUUAUCCCUAUAUAUGGAUUUGGCAUCUUCUUAUAUAUCUUAUACAUUUUAUUUAAGCUGGCUUCCAAGGGAAAACCUACAGCUGGAGAACGGAAAUGCCCUACUGCUGCACCCGGAAACAUGAAGAGGAAAAUCACUGACUAUGAGCUCACCCAGCUCCAGGAAAAACUGAGAGAGACCGAAGAAGCUAUGGAAAAAUUAAUCAACAGAGUAGGCCCUAACUGUGACAGGACCCAAAAUGUUACAACAGACCAGGAAAAAAGGUUACUUCAGCAACUCCGAGAAAUUACUAGAGUUAUGAAAGAAGGCAAAUUCAUAGAUGGCAUCUCUCCUGAGAAAGAAGCUGAAGAAGCUUCUUACAUGGAGGACUGGGAAGGUUACCCAGAAGAGACCUAUCCCAUCUAUGAUAAUUCCAAUUGCUUCAAGCGCAAACGGGAAACAAUCCUGGUAGAUUAUCCUGAUCUCAGCCAGCCCUCUGCAGAAGAACUGGCCGAAAGAAUGGAGGGCAUGGAAGAUGAGGAUUACCUGUGCAAUGAAACCCUACUCUCUGGCCUCACCAUGGGAAGGGACAGCUAUGAUUUAAUGCAGAAAAAGGAUGAGGGAACAGGCAUUAGUGAAGAGGAGAGGGACCAUCAUCACAGCCAAAGCAUUGAGGAGUGUUGUUACUGCUACGAGGAGGAGGAGGAUCCUGCUGUUAUAGCGGAGAACGCUGUAUUCCACUCAGAGAGCUGCAGUGAAGCAGAAGAGCCAGCCUCAGAGGACCUGUUCAUGGAGUCUGACAAUGAAAAUGCAGCACUGAAAAAGCAAAAAGCUAGUGAUUCAGAUGAAACAGGCAUGCUGAGAAAGCGCAACACAAAAGGACAUGAGUAAUAGUGACAAUAUGUGAAUGUCAUCUAGGUGGUGACAGUAAAGGUCAUAAACUGUCGAUUUCUGUGAUUUUUGCUUCUGAAGAAGAAAAUUCUUUAUUUAUCUCCGUGUACGAAUUCCAUUCCCACAGUAACAAUCACAUCAUCCACCCGAACUGCAAGCCAACACCCUUUUUCAUGCAGUCUUGUCAACUUAUUGCUGCCUUGCCAGGAGCACUUUGUCCUUCCUUUUGGAAACUGAUACCUUGAAGAAGAUUAUUCCAUUCAUAUAUUUGUGUUUUUUUUUUUUUUUUUCUUUCUGAUUUCUGAACAAGCAGGUGGUUUUUUUUGUUUGUUUGUUUGUUUUUAGCCAGGAGUAAGCCAGAUAUCUCUUUCCUAAGAAAAAUCUUUUUUUUUUUUUUUGUUAUCAAUUAUGAAAAUGAAUCAAAUUCAGAUAUAGUUAAGAGAUUAUCAUGAAGCUGGAGGAGAAAGUAUGCCUUCUUGCUCUUAACCGAUCAGCAGAACAGACCAUAGUCACACAAGUCGUUCUUUCUCCACUGUGUCAUUGCUGCUGGAAGCCCAAGAAACUGUUGUUACUACAAUAUAUGAAACUUAAAUGUUACCACAACCCACAGCCCAUUUCCCAGUUUAUUUAAUGCUGUAAGACCAGUAGCAUAACCUUUUUCACAUCCCAAGAAAAGCAUAAUCAAGACUGAAGCAUAAUGAGUUUUCAUUGUCUUUGCCAUAGUCAUGGUGAAAUGACUUGGUGAAACUCCCAGAUGGGCACAGGAAUCAGCCCAUACAUCGCAUUAUAGAACAUUUAAAAUAUCCCUGGUGAUUCGCUCUUGAACUUUGGAAGUACUAGAAGUACAUUGAACGGUUCAUUUGAAUCCAUGCAUAUCUUACGUUUAACAAAAUACACGUGUAACCACUAUGUACCAGCUCUAUUCCCAGAUCACCAGGGCAUAUCUUGAGCAUAAAAAAAGCAUUUUGCCCUGCACACUCAGAUUGGGUUUGUUGUUCGGUGGAUGUCUGCUUUUGAGACAUCUCUUUUGUUUUUGUUAUCACUGAUUUGUUUUCCAGGUUACAACUGUGGCCUGAUGUCUACAUCGUAUAUGUUAUUCAUAAAGAAUUCCUGCUUACAGAAUUAAGGAAUAAAGAACAAAAAUAAGUUCAUAGUAAUGGAAGACAGAAAAUAGAGGAAAUACAUUGAAUACUCUGUUUUACUAGGAGUGUAUUUCUUUUAAAAUCAUUCUGUAGACCAACUUUUAUUUUUUGUUUCCUGGACCCCCUCAACACUGUCCUUCUCUCUUCACUGUGUCAGUAGUUUGAGCCCUGUCUCUGAGCUGAGCUUGUGUUUUCUUGACUGGGAAUCCCUGCUGGGCCUUUACAACACCCAUGAGUGGAUAUGCAGCGUUUCUAUCCAAGCCAGAAUCUCUGCAGGUGAGAAUAGCAAUUGAUAAUUUUUCUACCUUAGUCAGUGUCCUUGAGCUAGAGCACUAACAUCAACUGAUACCAGUCGCUGGCAGGGAAGGCUAUUUUCACAGUCUUUGCCUGCUAAUAGAGUCAUAUACUUUGCAAAAGACGACUUUUAUCACAAUCUUGUCUAGCCAAAUACUUGCACUGUCAAAGGACCUUGUCCUCAUUUGAAAACCAUGUUUCAUUUAGAAAAUACAUUAAUACCAAAGACAGCUGUUAAAGGACUGUAUUCAUUCCACUGCAAGUAACAGUGUCUGUCUGUCCCAAGAACAACUCUCUCACCAUAUAAACACUCCUAAGAGUCACAUGAGUGAAGAGGCGGAGUGCAAGUGAUAAGAUAAUGGACAUUUCUGCUUCUUCUGUAGAGGUGGUCAAGCUGGACUAAUACAGCUGCAUGACUUGCCAGGCAUAUAGCCUUUAUUUGUUACUUACAAUUGUUAAGAGAGAGACAUUUGUGCAGGCUGCUGUGGGCAAAGCAGUAGCCCAACCCAUUGCCAUGAGAAACAAGGGUGCCAUCUUAAGUCUACUGCAGCUUAUAGAAAUACAGACCUAGAAAAUUUUACCUGUCUAUACAAAUAUGUGCUUAUGUAGUGCUUCAAAUUCCAACUACUUAUAAAGGUAUAUGAAAUUUAAAAAAAUCGUUUCAUUUAAAUUUGUACAUUUAACUUUGUGCAAUAUAUUGUAAACACAUGAAAAAGUGGUGUCACACAUAAAGCAUAGGGUAGAAUUUUUAGCUGUUUUCAUACAUUAAGAAGCUAAAAUGUAGUAAAUUGUUGUGAACAACAAAGUCCACACUCCAAAGUGCGUUAAUUGUAAAACUCCUGCAGACUGCAUCCAAAUGCUCUUGCUCCUAAGGACAGUUCAAUUCAUGACAAUAUCCAGCGAGUCACUAUUUGUGUGCAUUGUACUAGAUUAUGCACGCAAAUGUGGGAUACACAUAAAUAGUCCUGUUGACCUUCUGGUGGUCGGUGUUUCCAUCCUGACUAAACAAGUAGGCUGACCAGGCCUUGAGACAGCACUGACUGUGAAGACACCCAUAAAUUUGAUUGUAUCUACUUAGCUUCUGAGUGCUGCAUCAGUAACGACUCAAGUACUGCAGAGGCAGGCCCAACAGCCAGGAAGGCAACAUGAAUACCUCUUGAAAAAAAGAAAGGGAGCGAUGCUUGUAAAACAGCACAUUUAUUAACAGUAUAUUUUGACAUGAGGUUUUCUGAAAGGAGAACAGAUGACAAUGAACUAAGGGCCAGAUCACCAGAGGGACUAAGUAAUAGCAAAACCCCAGCAUUUUAGGCGCCAAUCGGCCUAGAAGAAAUUCUGGUUUCUAAGCAUAACAGAGGGAGUGUGAGGCCCCUACUGCCACACAUGGCCCAGCUAAGCAGAGAACUGUUUUGGCCAAACACCAGGAAUGCCAAAGGAAAGACUUGCCCCUAAAACAAUUAAUUCUAGAAUUGGAGGUCACUCAGUUUAUAAAUGUCAGUAAGAAAUUUGUCAAGCACUUUAAGGGCUGUCCCAGCCUUUCCUUGUGGAAACUGGGGAUAAAGGCGGCCUGUGAUAAUGACACUCACUACAGUAGUGGGAGGCAUUUAUAAAUCCUCACACUGUGACCUGGAGCAAGGACCAUGAACCUCAGCUGUCCCCCAGGUGUGGCCUAAUCAAUUCAUACAUCCUUUGGAGCUGUUCCACUUUGCCCUGGUAGUUAAAUUAUCCUUGUAUCAGCAGGAUAAAUAUCAAGAAACUAUGUGUGACAUACUAAUCUUUGAAACUAAUAAAAAAAUUUAACUCCUAUGUCCUGUCUGUUUUUUGACCUUAGUCCCUUCCAACAUCCCACAGUCCUUGCUGACAGGCCAUUUUUGACAGAGAGAAGGCCAGAACCUCUCUCCAGGCCCCUUACCAUAGGUAAUAGCAGAACUCUGAUCUCUCCCGGGAGUUAGUCUGGCAGGCCACUGUGGUUGCUACAGGGACACCAAGCACGUUGCACUGGAGUGUGAGAAGAGAAAGAAUUCUAUCACAGCACUAAUAUUUAAAAAUAAUAAAAAAUUCCCCUCCUAGCACAGAGACCAAUUGUUAGGACUCCUUUCAAUACCUGUGAGACAGAUAAUUGCUUCAUAUUCCUUUGCAGCACCAAUUGGCAAAAAUGAUACUAAUGCAGGUUGACAGUGUGGUGCCAAAGAGUCUAAACAGCUCAAUCUUGAGGUCUUGAUUACCUUGGCAGCCCCACGGAGAGUACCAGUAAGUGCUCUUAGGAUGUGGCCAGUGAUACGUCACACAGAAACUUACCAGGAGCCUUCAAACACUCCUGUUUAUCUGACGCUUCCUUUUCUUUGCUUCAGCUGCCCUACCUACGUUUUAGAAAAGCAUCACCUCUGAAGCGUGCCCAGCAUUCUCAAUUAUUAAUUGCUCAUUUUAGCAGAGAGCAGUUGUAAUUUGAAGAAGAGUUUAUGUGAAUAAAAUUAGGAUUCUGCCAAGAACUUCUAUUAAUUCAAAAUCACAGGUCAGAACAUGAUCAAACCUGGGACGCAGGAAAAAAUAUGGAAGCUCUGAUGGAAUCCCACUGAAAGCAGUCAGGCUUAUUAACAGCACAUUCUCCUUUACUUGCAGUAUUUCUUAAAAAAAAUUAAGUGGCUAUACUUUUUAUUAGUGCUAAAAUAAAUAGCACGUUUUCAAAUUAAAUAUCUGAUAAAACAUUCACUAACACAGAAGUGCUAAUUAUUCCUGGGUAUUUGUUAAUGGUUACAAAUAAUUACAGGCAUUCUAUAGGAUCAAAAAAUAAACUAUGAAAUAUAAGAUCAGUGCUGGUCCCCAAAAUGCUGUAAACAAGAUUAUUAAUUAAAUAAUAUUUGUGUAACAGAUAAACAUGUAAGAAGUUUAUUAGACUCUUUGCAUCAAAAAUUAGUGAUCUAUUAAUGAUUUAUUUUGCAAUGUUUUUUAUACUAAUCACAUAUUUCAAAGAAAAUUAAUGCAACAUCAGAUGACACAGACCAAGUAUCCAAUGUACAAAUACAGCUGGAAAGAUUGGUCUAGUCCAAGUGAUUUUUACCAGCUUUGGAGCAUCACCAAUUUUAGGGAGGGGCAGAUUCCUGGAAAGCAGACUCCUGACAGUAGGCUCAUUUUUCUCAAUGAUUUUUCCAGGAUACUUUAAAUACAGCCCAGACACCUCCUCUCUGCUGGUAACUACUCUUGUGAUCAACCACCUAUCAAAAUGCAAGAUUACCCCAAACAUAUAUUGGGUAACAUGAGAAAUUUCUCGAAAAUGAGUAAGAGAAGAAUUUCUACAGUGUGUACCAAUUUCAAGUCUUUAAGAACGCAGUUCAAGGAAAACUGACAGACUAAAAACGUGUAUGGAUCUGGUGAAGUUGGAUUUGACGUACAACUUUUUAUGGUUAUCAUUUUUGUUUGGAAUUCAUAUUAGCAUUAAAGGUAAAAAUUCAGUUAAAACAACACUGGAAACUCCUUAUGUUAAAAACCUCCAUAUUCUGUGUAGGUAAUUUAUUAAGGCAUUUCUGACACGGGGUAUGGAAAGACAUAGUUGUUUCAAACAAAUUAAGUUUAGUAUUUUUGCACAAUGUUCAGUAUUGACAAACACUGGAAACUACAUGACAGAAAUAAUGUAAAUUAUAUGAAUUAUGUAAAUUAUGUGCAAGUAAGAAAUUAGUCAUUGUACAUACUGGUAAAUAAACGUACUCCAGAAUACCAAAGUUUCUUUUUAAAAAAAUUACUUAAAAAAAAAGCAAAUUCUUGCAUGUUUAUCUAAGACUCCAUAUAGACCUGAACCAAAGUGAGACACUUAACUACUCAAAAAAGAACAGGACAGUCUUGUGCAGUCAUAAUAUAUUACAGGUUUUAUGAAAAAAAAAAAAAAACAUGACUGGUUCACAAGAUUAAGACAUUUUUUGCCAACUUUGUUGUUUUCCGGUUUUUAAACCUCAUAUAAUUUAAAGGAAAACUAGACCAUAACAUACUCAAAUGUUACUGUAUAUCAUUGGUUUAUUUAAGAAAGGCAAAGAGAUGAAUUAGAAAAUGUUUACUUUGGGGAUAAAAAACAAUUAAUGGAACUGCUUUUUCAUUGUGUGGGUACAGAAGCAUCCAUGUAGCACCUACAUUUUCUACUUCUAGUAGUUUAAGUAAACAAUUCAGAAUCAAAGGUGCAUUUUUCUUUACAGACAUAGUUCCAACAAAUUCUAAAAUGUAUAUUUCUACAGUUGCUCCAAACACUGGAUCUUUCAGACCAUCACGUGCUGCAUGGAGACAGUGUUGGGAAACAUAACAGUUCAAUGUCUACCAGGAACUCUCAAAAAGUAACCACAUCAAAAGUAUUUACUUUCUAAAGAUGCAUCGCAUUAUAAAACAUCCUCCACAGAUAUAUCUUCUCUUGUUGCCCUACUCUUGAGUGUAAAAAACUAUUUGAAACGGAGAGACAAAAGCCCCAGUCUUGUAAUGAUGGGGUAUGGAUGGGCUCAGUGCAUGGAUCAGUCUGACUGAAAAGUCAGCUCAAAGGAAAAAGGAAAAGCACACAGUUACCUAUAUUAAAUACAGACAUUUGUAUGAAGAAACUGAAGAGAUUUUUUUAGCCUUGUCCACAUACAAUUUCAAUUAAUCAAAAUUAUUUUAAGAGACUUCAAAAGACAGUCUUUUAGAGAUAUCUUGCAAUAAUUAACUCCGAGACAAAUUAAUAUAAGCGUUUAUGCUGACAGUGUGCACAGUGGGACUGAAGACUGAUUAAACCCUAGAUAUAACUAAUAGAAAUUUUUUAAGACUAUGUAAUGUAUGUGUGCACAUGGCACAUAGAUUUACACACAUAACAUUGGAAAAUGUUGGGAAAGUCAUAAAUUAAAGCUACUCCUAAUACUGAGAAUCUUGCUUUACUGAGCAUGUAUGUGUGUCCCCUUUAUACUAUAUAAUCUCCAGAUGACCUUAUUUUCAUGUCACUGAGUACAAGAUUUUUUAUGUAAAAUAAACUGUUAGUUUCAAUCACAAAAAGAGAAUUUUACACUUUUAAGAGACUAACAAAAUUAACAAAGCUCCAGUAUUUAUCUUUUUUUUUUCUAUGUUUAUUUUACAGUAACCAGCUGAAUGAGGUUUGUUUCUUAUUGACCUUGUUUCUUAGGGGAACUUUGUAUGUGCUUUGCCAAUUGCUAUGCAGAGUUAGUUGUUCGGUAUUAUUCCUUAAAACAUGGACAACUAUUAUCAACUUUUUUUUCCCCUAAAUGCCCUGUUUAGUUGUAAUAAUGACAUCAUUAAUUAUGUGUCAUAUUUAAUAGAAAAGGUCAGUUUCUUCACUGACAGACAUUUUAGCAUGAACAAAGUACGGACAGAAUUUGGUCGCAUUUCUAAAUCCACUUUCAGAAGUAUUCAUGCCAAUAAUGUCCAAUUUCUGAGAGUCCAGAUAAGUCCAUACAGAAA